UUCUACGUCAAAGCCACUGGGCGGUUCAUGAAUGGGGCUUUUAAGUGGGAGGGCCCGUCUUCGGACUUUACCAGGCAGGGAAAAGUGGGUGUUGUGCUGUGGUGUUUGCUUUUGGUGCGAUGUAUCUUCAUGACUGUUUUUAAACACAUGAGCAGCGGUUCACUGAGCCUACGGACUGCAGCGGAGCGACCGGCCCCCAGCAGAGGGAACAUCCAUCAGCCGACAGCAGCGUAGCAGCCCGGGGGGAAGCUAGCGUCAGCCCCAGCUAGCGUCAGUGACGGCAGCCCGGAGCCCGAGGAGGGACAGCCGCGUAGGGGAGCCAUGGGUUUCCGUAAGAAGAACAAGAGCCCGCCGGUGCUGAGCCAUGAGUUUGUGAUCCAGAACCACGCCGAUAUGGUGUCGUGUUUGGCCAUGAUAAUCCUCCUCGGCCUGAUGUUCGAGGUGACAGCAAAGUUUGCCAUCAUGUUCAUUACAGUCCAGUAUAAUGUAACACAAGUUCUUGAUGAAAAGCACGACCCAGUAAACCUUUACCAGUACGGCCCUAAAGAUGUGGCAACUGUGUUUUUCUACCUUCUUAUCGCAGUCAUCCUUCAUGCCUUGAUACAAGAAUAUAUUCUUGAUAAAAUGAACAGGAGGUUGCACCUGUCAAAAACCAAACACAGCAAGUUCAAUGAGUCCGGGCAGCUGGCGGCAUUCUACCUGUUCUCCUUCAUCUGGGGCUGCAGCAUUUUAACAGCGGAGGACUUUGCAACAAACCCUACUUUCCUAUGGGAGGGUUACCCACACACCCACAUGGUUUUUCAGGUCAAGUUCUUCUACAUUUGCCAAAUUGCCUAUUGGCUCCAUGCACUUCCUGAGCUGUACUUCCAAAAAGUACGAAAGGAGGACAUACCCCGCCAGCUCUAUUACAUUUGCCUUUAUGUUGUCCACAUCACCGGUGCCUAUGUCUUAAAUCUCCACCGACUGGGCCUGGUGUUGCUGGUCCCUCACUACCUGGUGGAGCUCCUGUUCCACGCCUCACGCCUCUUCUAUUUCAGCGAUGAGAACAAACAAAAAGGUUUUACUCUGUGGGCGCUGCUUUUUGUCAUUGCCCGCCUCCUCACUCUCACACUUUCAGUUCUGACUUUUGGUUUUGGGCUACCCCGCACAGAAAACCAGGGCUUCUCCCUAGCAGAGGGCAAUUUCAAUGUGCUCACCAUAAGGAUGACUUGUCUGGCAGCUAUCUGCCUGACACAGGCCUGGAUGAUGUGGAAAUUCAUUAACUUUCAGUUGAAAAAGUGGCGGGAGCACAGCCAGAAUCAGGCGUCAAAGAAGAAGACAGUCAGCCCAAAGAGUAAGCCUCACAAAAGGGAGCCCACAAGGGGAGGCGCCGCCAAUGGGGUUGUGAAGUCAGAGGAUAAAACAUCACCACGGGCAAGAAAAGCCAAAGCUUCAUAGAGAUGGAGAAAUUUGGGAGGGAAAAAAAAAACUGAGUGACGCAGAUUUGACAAUGUGACAGAAUGUCGUUACACAACUUAAGAUUUUGUCUACUGCUCUCCAAAACAAAUGUUAAGCGCACUAAGCAACCUUAUAGAACUGUCCAUUUGGGGUCGAGACUCCCGUUGAAAAUGUUCAGUGUUACUGUCUGCUAAAAAAAAAAGAGAUUUAUUGUUAAUUUGGGUUCUGUACAGAUGGAACAUUGGCAGGGCAGUGUUGGUUUUGAUGCUUUAACAGGAUAGAUUUAUCUAUUCAAAGUGUCCUUUUAUGUGAAGCUAUGAUCACUUGUCGGGUACUUUUAACUGACUUGAUGUUCAGUAAUUUGACAUUGGAAAAGUUAACAUCAUAGUGACUUUAAAUGAGGCCACUUAAUGUAUAGUGUUACUGUACAGGGGAACUGUACAUGGUGUAAUUUUAAUUAAGGGCCUUAUUCAGUUCAACUUAAAACAUGCCACAGGCUCAUGCCCCAAAAUAAAGCCUUUCUUGCUCUGCAGGAUAUCGCUAUGAUAUUCUACUUCAGGAACAGGAGCUGAUCCUAAAUUAAUCUCUCCAGCAGAAUUGUUGUGAUAUUUGGGUGUUUGAUGGAGCUGCAGCAAGGAACCUGAAGCGUGUGCUUAACUCCUUGGUCAUUUACUGCCAUUGUUUGACAGUUUCUGCCUUUGAAAUCCAACUUGUUACAGGAUUGAGGCUGUUUUAUAGGUUUAUUUGCUUUCUUUUUUUUUUUUUUUUUUUGUAAACACUAGCCUGGUAAUCGGCUUGACCCUUUUACAGGGACUCAUCCAGGUUAGAGACUUACCAAGAGGAAGCUGUACUGUAACCUGCGAUGCUGUACUGUAUGCAUACAGUUAAAUCUUCAUAAUGGCAUGAUCAGAAACCCGAGCAAGAUCCUGUAUUUGAGGCUGCAUUUCAGUCUUUUAUAUGGUAAUGUCAAUGCAUGAUGGUUUGAGGCUGAAGACUAUUUGGCUAGAUCCUAUCUGUGCUGUUGAGUUUGCAUCUCUCUCACACAUCCCACACACACACACACUCGCACAUUCACAUAUACAAACAUACAAACACACAAGCAUUCAGUGGCCUUUUUAAAACUGCUGCAAGAGGUUUUAGUUAUUUAUUUUUGUCAUAUAUUACAGAUAGUUUUUAUUUUAUAUGCUUUGAAAAGCUAUAACCAGCAAACACAGCGGUACAUAACAACUGCGUUCAGUUAAUCCAAACAAUACAAUCUUUCUUCAAGUGUCCUUAUAACGUCAGUGGUUUGUAUCACUCGUUAGGCUUGUGUUGUGUUCUGUUUGCCUUCUCUGUUCGCUUUCUUACUCUUGGGUAUCAGGGGACAAGCUAUUCACCACUUACACUAUAAGUUACAUCCCAUGGUGCAAUGGGAGGCGUGUUUGUGUGGGGAUGUGUCGGUAUGCCUGUGCACUUACAAAUGUGUGUGUGUGUGCGUAAAGUAUUGUUUUGCCUGCUAUGAAUGUUUGUGAAUUAACUGGGCCUGGAAUAUGAUAACGAUGGCAACGAUAGUGUUUAUUACUCAUCUCGUAAAAACUUAUUGCCUGUGUGCAAAGCAUGAAAUGUGACAAUCUGUUCAUUGACUCCUGCCCUGUAGGUUGUAUAUCAAAAUCACAUCCUGUCCUUGGGUUCACUCUGGUCGGGCCUGUCUCUUCUGUGUAAAAACACUGAGCUGUGGUUAAGUGUAUGUUCUAUAGGUUAUCGGUUACUAAAUGCUUAUGUGUUAAAUGUCUCUGACCCUCAGAUGCUCUAUUCUGUGUGAGAGAGAUUCUGUGAUUUCUGUUUGCCAGACGUGGCAUGAUUCGUCCUUCCUGCUUCACCUUUUCAAUGAUCCUGACAUUGCUAUGGAGCACACGUAUUGUACUGUUGGCCAUUCUCUUACCUGUCAUGGACCAAGUCCUGCUCUACUACUAAACCACUGUGCAUGUGAAGCCCUGUACAGAAACGACUGUACAACCUGCCUGCAGACAGUUGGAGUCUGGAGUCUUAGUCUAGAUCAGGGAGAAGAUGAAGAUGCCAUUCAUUUUUGCUCCCUUUAGCGCUCCUUAUUGGGACUCAGGUGGUCUUUAUUGCCCUGUGUCUGUGUUUGGCAGUGUCAUAGGAGGGAAGGAGGAGCAAAGGACUUAUGUACCAGCCUGUUAUUAAACUGUCUCAGAUGUAAGAGAAAAAAAAAAACUGACUUAACCCUACACUGUACUAAAAUAUGUGUCAGAUUUUUAAGCUAUUUUUAUAGAGGGGAAACUGUUAAAAUUUACUGUUGUUCAGUACACACGUGUGAUGAUUUGUUUUGCAUCCAUAUUGAUAUGAAUUGUCUUUUUAUAUAAGAAUGAAGCUUGCUGGACUGUUAGCGUGGGGUAUACAUUGUGGUAUGAGUGU